AUGUUGCUUUCGACUCUUUUCGCGUUCCUCCCUCUCGUUUCUGCUGUAACUGUGCCCGCUUUGAAUGACCGUCACGACAGCCACGAACAUGUUCAACCUGGCGCUUUGCCCGAGCGGUGGUACCAAGACGACUCGCAUCCUGUCCAUAGGCUAUUCAAGCGCGCAACAGACGACGGUAUUGCUUAUCCGCCAGUCGGUUCCCCUGAAUGGUCCGCACCAUUUCCGCAAGGUGUUCCGGACCCUGCCUUCUUGCCUCAAGACUGGGUCGAUGCGCUCAACGCAGCUGUAGAAGCAGGCCGCAUCCCUGAUAUCCCACUGGCGGUCAGCGAACGACCCCAGACCAAUCCCGUGUACCCCGCCACUGUGAACCCUACCAGCCCUGAAGUGUGCUCCACGACGUAUAAGUGUCGAGGCCCCGAAGACCUUUGGGAUGCCCCCGAUGGUGUCUUCGCCAGUUCAUUCGACGACGGCCCUUAUCCCUCCUCAGGUCGUUUGGUUGAAUUCUUGUCUGCUAACAAUGUCAAGACCACCCACUUCAUGAUCGGUGUCCACAUCCUGGCCAACCCUUCAGAAUUUGUCGCAGCAUUCGAGGCCGACAACGAUAUUGCUGUGCAUACUUGGAGUCACCCUUAUAUGACUACCUUGAGCAACCUCGACAUCCUAGGACAGCUCGGGUGGACUAUGCAACUAAUUCACCACUCCACUGGCGGUCGGGUUCCUCGUUACUGGAGGCCUCCCUAUGGUGAUUCUGACAAUCGAGUUCGAGCCAUCGCCAAAGAGGUUUUCGGCUUGGAAACUGUCAUCUGGAAUCUGGACACCGACGACUGGGGGUUGUCAACGGGCGCUGUCACCCCUGAAUCGAUUGUUGAACGUUUCGAGGGUUGGCUCUCUGGCCCCAAAUCCCCUGGCCUCAUGAUCCUCCAGCACGAGGUGACUGAUGCAAGUAUCGAUGUCUUCAUGAACGUGUUUCCUUUGAUUGCUCAGCAGGGCUGGGAAUUUGGUUCACUGGCCUCUGUCGUUGGUGACCGCCGGGCUUAUCAGAACGCUGAAAGCUCUUCAUCGGACGAUGUAUUUUUCAAGGAUAUCAUUGUCGACCCUGCUGCACUUACGCCAUCGGAUGACACAGGCGAUUCUGACUACCCAGCGCCCACGUCUGAUGGUCUGUCAGAACCUACUGAGGGAUUGUCAGUACCAUUUCCUUUUGAAUUUGUGCGGUUCUAA